CAUCCAUCCAUCCACAGCAGAUCAACUCAUUCCAACCCAUCCCACAUUCACAGCCCUCAUUCUACCAUCAAACCUCCGAUCGAUCAAUCGCUUUUCCCCCUCAUUCAAAUCAAUCUUCAACCUCCCUCACCCAAAAAAACAAGCCCAGUUUCAAUCAUCAUGGCUAUUGCUAUUGACCAGCCCCAUGUUUUCCUGAUCUUCGGCACCGGCUGGAUCGCCACGCAAAUCAAGGAGCUCCUGGAGAAGCAAGGCGUGAAAGUGGUUUCCUCUGAUGCUCGAAUUGAAAGUCGCGAGCAAGUUUUAACUGCGCUCGCCAUCCACAGGCCCACGCGGGUGAUCAACUGCGCGGGCCUGCGCGGGCUCCCCAACGCCGACUGGUGUGAGGACCACAAGAUCGAGACGGUGCGAUCCAAUAUCCUAGGUGUGCUCAACGUAGUCGACUGCUGCUUCCAAUUAGGUAUCCAUGUUACUCAGCUAGGAUCUGCUUGUAUCUAUGACACCGACCCGACCCGCGCCCCGGAUGCCAACUUCACCGAGGAGGAUGAUCCCAACUACGCCGGGUCGUGGUACUCGUGCUCGCGGUUGUUGAGCGAGAAUAGCAUCAAGCACUACCCCAACCUCCUCCUCUUGAGAAUCCGCGCCCCGAUCGCGGCCGACUUCAACCCCAACAACUUGACCACCAAGCUGAUCAGCUAUAAGAAGCUGGUGAACUUGCCGGCGUCCGGAACCAUUCUCCCUAACCUUCUUCCCGGCGCGAUUCUCCUGUCUCAGGCCGGUGACACUGGCAUCUACAACCUGAUCUCCCCUUCGCCAUUCACCAACAACCAGAUCAUGACACUCAUGAAGAAGUACAUCGAGCCCUCCCUGAACUGGGAGAACUUCGAGCUGGACGACAUGCACAAGGUGCUCAAGGCGCCGCGGUGCCACCCGGUCUUCGACUCGAGCAAGUUGAUCAACCGACUGCGGGAGCUCGGCCACGAAGUCAAGGACACCCCGGAGGCCCUGGAGGAUCUGUUCAUCGAGAUGGCGGAUAAGGGAUACGGCCCAGGCGGCAAGUUGUCGCGAACCAAGCUUGCUGUUUAAAGCGCUGGAUGGGAUGAGCAACCAAACAACAACAACAUGACGACAAUCCAUCUUCUUUGUUUUACUGUGGCAUUCGGUGUUUUGUUUUCAUCUCUUGCUUUUUUGCUUGUCGCUUGGGCCUAUAGACUGUUUGACUUUUGAUUCUGAUUCUGAUUCUGAUUCUGC